AUGGAAGAUGUCGUGAUAGUUGCUGCAUGGUAUCAAGAGAAUGUUCAGAUUCAACGAAGAGACGAGUCAUGGUUCGGGUCUAUCAGAGCAACUGGCUCCAUCCUAUACAUCCUCUUCCGCCUCGUCGCCUCCUCCUCCACGGAAUCCCUCACCAUCGCACGGAAGCUCAGCGAUUGGCUCCAGAGCGGAAAGAUCUCGACCGAUCUGCAGGCUAGAGGAUGGCAGGUUGUCGUGGGCUCUUCUGGAUACCCGCUCGUCGUCCGAUCGUCGGACGGAAACGUGAUCGCUACCUUCCCUCUCUCUUCUGCAGUCUGGGAGCCUCAGCCGAGUCGUCUCCUACUCUUGGCCUUUGUCAUCAUCGGCUUGACGUAUCGAUCGGCAAUCCGUCGGAGAAAGAGCAUGCAGCAGAAUCAGGCCAGCCUGGAGCAGACCAGGAGGACGCUGCGGGCUGUCCUCGACCUCCAGAGAGUCUACCGGGGGCAUCUGCAUCGCGUCAAGGUGAAGCGAAUGCAGCGAGGGGAGGAUCAAGUUGCUCUAGAAGAUCUGUUCUUGUCGCACUCGGAGGGGUUGGAAGCUCCAGCUGCCAUCCAGCAGAGUGACGAGGACCUCUACGACCUCUCCAAGAACCUCGCCAAGCUGGCUGAUUCAGACAAGCAGCCGAGCAGCCGAGCCGCCUUGAGCCCUGACGUUCCUCCUCCUCCUCCGUCGUCCAAGAAGCCCCCGAACCUACCGCGAAGAAACCCCUCCAGGGCAACGAAUUCUGGGAGCUCAGCAAGCUCAGAGAGAUGA